GAAUCAGUGAUUGGAUCAAUCUCUAUCCACAUCAAAAUCAGCUAGAAUUGAUCCCAAAAAACCCUAGAAUUGACCCUUAGAUUUGAAAACCCGACGAUUCUAGGGUUUUAGGACCAAUAACUACCUGUCAAAUCAUUUAAAAUUGGUCAUAGGAGAUUUUAAUCCGAAUCGAUCGAUCUGAUUCCAAAAUCUUGAAACAAUGCCCCCACUACAACAACCAAAAGCGGCCUGAAUAAAGAUUUUAAACUCAGAAUCAAGGGUCGAAUCAAUCCCCAAAACCCUACAAUUGGUCCCUUAGAACUGAAACCCAGCGAUUCAAAUCCCAAAAACCCUAGAACCGGUCGCAAUCGCCGAUUCAACCGAUCCGAUUUUGAAACAGUGAGCCUAAACUAGAAUUACCAGUUUCUGUGAAAGUUUGAGAUUCAAGAGUAGGUAGAGACGGAGAACAAGAAAGACAAGGGAGUCAGGGAGACAUGAAGGGGAGUGGGGCUUCGUCUUCCACCUCCGCCGAUUCAAUUUUGAAUCCAUGUCCCAUAUGCCUUGGACCCGUGAAGCAAGAAGCUUACUUGGAUGGUUGUUUCCGUAUGUCUCUACUCCUUCUCUCGAUAAAUUUUGCUUCAAUUGUAUUGCUGAAUGGGCAAAAUUGCUCACUAGUCGUCAUCCUCAACUGCAGUCUUUUGUGACGUGUCCUAUUUGCAAGGGUGAUAACUUCUCUAUAAUAUAUGGAUUUGAUGGGAAUUCCUUUCAACAACAUUAUCCGAACCAGGAUGUUGAGAAGAGCUUUUCCUUAUCAGAAGUUCAUAAGUAUAGAUUGAGAUGCUACUACAGUGAACCAGGUGCCAUCUAUGAGAAAUUCAACGUGUUAAAGUAUUGGAAGAGCAAUAAGUAUCUUCAGCCAAACAAAUGGCUGCAAAUGUGGUUAAGAAGGGAGUUUCAGGCUUUGACAAAG